AUGAAACCCAAGUACUUUGAAAGGGAGAUACAGAGCCAGAGAGGAGCGACACACCGAUCAACCUGCUUUCCAAUGAGUGGCUCAACUAAGCAUGGCGACAGCGAUGCGUUGUUUGAUGUUGACUUUCUUGAUGAUAGCUACACCCCGGAUUUACGGGAUAGUCCAAGAAGGAACAGCCCAAGUGCAGUAAUAGAUUCAGGAAUGGAUACCUCACAGAGAGGCUUACUCCCACAAGAGACCAUUGACCUCAGUGACAACAUAGAGAACGACAUUGAAAAUCCUUUCAAUGACCGUUAUUCAGCAUCCUUUGCAGACACUAACCCUAGGAAUAGUGUCUUACCUCAGCCAAGUGGGUUCAAUAGAUUUAUGAGCAAUGUGAAAAGUGCAGUCGGUAUGAAUGGUGGACAUAAGGGUCAAUUCCAAAGUUUCGAAAUGAAUGACUACGAUCAGAGCAACACUAAUAGGUAUGAAAGCUCUACGAGGAAGUUUGACAUCAAAGUUUUGUUCAACAGGUAUAUUCUCAGAAAAGGGAAAACCUCUUGUAAGUCUGACGAGCCAAGAACGAUUUUACUCAACGAUAGUUCAGCAAAUAGCCGUUUCGGCUACAGAGAUAAUCACAUCUCUACGACGAAAUAUAACGCUGCAACUUUCUUGCCAAAGUUUUUGUUUCAAGAAUUCUCCAAAUACGCGAAUUUGUUCUUCUUAUUCACCUCCAUUAUCCAGCAAGUACCUAAUGUUACACCUACCAAUAGAUAUACGACCAUUGGUACACUAUUAGUAGUGUUAAUUGUUUCUGCAGUUAAAGAAAGUGUCGAAGAUUUGAAAAGAUCGAAUGCUGAUAAGGAAUUGAAUCAUUCCCUGUGUGAUGUUUUGGACGAAAGAUCUGGAGAGUUUGUGAGGAAAAAGUGGAUUGAUAUAGCAGUUGGUGAUAUUAUAAGAGUUAGAUCUGAGGAAGCAAUUCCUGCUGAUUUGAUCAUUCUUUCCUCUUCGGAACCAGAAGGGUUAUGCUACAUUGAAACAGCCAAUCUCGAUGGUGAAACCAAUUUAAAGAUUAAACAGGCGAGACAAGAAACAGCAAACUACCUCGAUGAAAAAGCUCUCUGUAAACUUCAUGGAAGGGUACAGUCAGAGCACCCAAAUUCCAGUUUAUAUACUUAUGAAGGUACAAUGACGCUAAAUGGUAGCACUUUCCCUCUAUCUCCGGAUCAAAUGCUGUUGAGAGGUGCUACGUUGAGAAAUACUGCUUGGAUUUUUGGCCUCAUAGUUUUCACUGGUCACGAAACCAAAUUGAUGAGAAAUGCCACUGCGACUCCAAUUAAACGUACUGCUGUGGAAAGAGUCAUUAAUAUGCAAAUUCUUGCCUUGUUUGGUGUCUUAAUUGUUCUAGCUUUGAUUUCCUCCACUGGUAAUGUCAUUAUGACGAAAAGGGAUUCUGCUCACCUCGGAUAUUUAUAUAUCGAAGGUACUAAUAAAGCUGGCUUGUUUUUCAAAGACAUACUAACUUUCUGGAUUUUAUUCUCUAACCUUGUUCCCAUUUCCUUAUUUGUUACAGUUGAAAUGAUAAAGUACUACCAAGCUUAUAUGAUAGGUUCAGACUUGGACUUAUAUCACGAGGAAUCAGAUACACCUACCGUUGUUAGAACGUCAUCCUUGGUAGAAGAAUUGGGUCAAAUUGAGUACAUAUUCAGUGAUAAAACUGGUACUUUGACGAGAAAUGUAAUGGAAUUCAAGUCUGUUUCUAUUGCUGGCAGGUGCUAUAUUGAAACUAUUCCUGAAGAUAGACGUGCAACUGUAGAAGAUGGAAUUGAGAUAGGUUUCCAUUCCUUUGAAAGUCUAAAGGAUAAAAUGACAGAUCCUGAGGAUGAUGAAGCAGGCAUUGUCAUUGAAUUUUUAACCUUAUUAGCUACUUGUCAUACUGUGAUCCCAGAGACACAAAGUGACGGAACAAUCAAAUAUCAAGCAGCUUCCCCUGAUGAGGGGGCAUUGGUACAAGGUGCAGCAGACUUAGGCUUCAGAUUCGAUAUCCGUAGACCUAACUCGGUCUCCAUUUCAACCCCAUUCAGUGAACAGCUUGAAUAUCAAUUGCUCAACAUUUGUGAGUUUAACUCCACUAGGAAACGUAUGAGCGCCAUUUUCAGAAUGCCUGAUGGUUCGAUUAAAUUAUUCUGUAAAGGUGCAGAUACCGUGAUCCUCGAGAGGCUUGAUAGUGAAUUUAAUCCAUACGUUCAAUCAACCUUGAGACAUUUGGAGGAUUAUGCUGCUGAAGGUUUAAGGACUUUGUGUAUCGCUAGUAGGACAAUUCCGGAAAAGGAGUAUGAAGAAUGGAGUAAAAUAUAUGAAGCAGCAUCCACAACUAUGAAGGAUAGAACUGAAGAGUUGGAUAGGGCAGCCGAACUGAUUGAACACGACCUUUUCUUUUUGGGUGCUACAGCUAUCGAAGACAAACUUCAAGAAGGUGUUCCAGAAACAAUUCACCAUUUACAAGAGGCCGGAUUGAAAGUUUGGGUCUUAACUGGUGAUAGACAGGAAACUGCAAUCAAUAUUGGUAUGAGUUGUCGUCUAUUAAGUGAAGAUAUGAAUUUGUUGAUCGUAAACGAAGAAACUAAGGAGGAUACGCGUACGAAUCUCCAAAGUAAGUUGAAUGCCAUCGAGUCACAUCAAAUUUCACAGCAGGAUAUGAACUCGUUAGCUUUAGUGAUUGAUGGUAAAUCAUUAGGAUAUGCUUUAGAGGAAGAUCUUGAAGAUCAGUUUUUGACAAUUGGUAAGCUAUGUAAGGCCGUUAUUUGCUGUAGAGUGUCUCCAUUGCAAAAGGCUCUCGUUGUAAAAAUGGUGAAGAGAAAAACAUCUUCAUUGUUAUUGGCAAUUGGUGAUGGUGCCAAUGAUGUGAGUAUGAUUCAAGCUGCUCACGUAGGUGUAGGCAUAAGUGGUAUGGAAGGUAUGCAGGCAGCGAGAUCGGCUGAUUUCGCCAUUGGUCAGUUUAGGUUCUUAAGAAAAUUAUUAAUAGUGCAUGGAUCGUGGUCAUAUCAAAGAAUUUCAUUGGCCAUUUUAUACUCAUUUUACAAAAACAUGGCAUUGUAUAUGACACAGUUUUGGUACGUGUUCGCGAAUGCUUUCUCAGGUCAAUCUAUUAUGGAAUCUUGGACACUCACGUUUUAUAACGUCUUCUUUACUGUGAUGCCACCGUUCGUUAUAGGAAUCUUUGACCAAUUUGUGACUAGCAGACUUUUAGAUCGUUAUCCACAGUUAUACAAGCUAGGACAAAAAGGUCAGUUCUUUUCCGUUACUAUCUUUUGGGGCUGGGUGUUGAAUGGUUUCUAUCAUUCCGCAGUUGUUUUCAUUGGAUCAGUACUAUUUUAUCGUUAUGGUAACUGUUUGAACAUGGGUGGCGAAACGGCAGAUCACUGGGUUUGGGGCGUGGGUAUCUAUACCACCAGUAUCAUAAUUGUGUUAGGCAAGGCUGCAUUAAUUACGAGUCAAUGGACGAAAUUUACGUUGGUGGCUAUACCUGGCUCUCUUGUAAUAUGGCUCUUGUUUUUCCCUUUCUACAGUGCUGUUUUCCCAAGAGUUAAUGUCUCCAAGGAGUAUUAUGGUAUCAUCGGCCAUGUUUAUGGCUCAGCAACCUUUUGGUUGAUGUGCAUCGUAUUGCCAGUAUUUGCUCUUUUGAGAGAUUUCGUAUGGAAAUAUUAUAAAAGGACGUAUUCACCUGAAUCAUAUCAUGUCGUUCAGGAAAUGCAGAAGUACAAUAUCAGUGAUUACAGACCUAGAAUGGAACAAUUUCAAAAGGCCAUAAGAAAGGUCAGACAGGUGCAAAGAAUGAAAAAGCAAAGAGGUUUUGCAUUCUCGCAAAGCGAAGAGGGUGGACAAGAUAGGAUCAUCAGAAUGUAUGAUACCACAUUAAAGAGGGGUGUACAUGGUGAACUGGCCGAUGCAUCUCUAAAUCCCUUCAAUGAUACUCCGGCUCAAGUCGAACCCUCUUCCAAUGUGGGUCUUCGCCAAUCGUUCGAAUCCACCAAUCCUUUCAAGGAUGUUUGA